GCCUUGUGCGGAGCUCUGGCAGUUCCUGGAAGAGGCGGCGGCAGUGCAGAUCUCAGGUUCCUGUUCAAAGCCCGAGCAGCCGCUGCCAAGCAAGCAAGGAAAAACCAACAAGAGUUUGAGGAGCAGGAUCAGGAAGCACAUGUCCUUGAAGCGCCUCCUCUACCUGUGUCACCUCAGAUAUUCAGACAGGAGGCUUCAGCAGAAGCAGGCUGCAAGGUUACAAAGAAGACAAAAGGGACAGCCAAAGCAGUGGCAAGAAUUGUGGAUGAGAAGAAGCGCUUCAAAGUCAAGUGGCGUGGUUAUCAGGCGCAAAUUGUCAAGAGCGUCCCGCGUGCGAAGGAAAUAGCGACGAAGUGCUUGCAACUUGCGCGGCAAGGACGGCGGAAGAAGGCUGUGGAAAAAUUGAAGGAAAGGCUGAAGGCGAGCUAG